GCCCGCUCGCUCCUCGCGCUCUCCCGCCCGCCGCUGUGUUUAUUCCAGACCCAUCCAUCAUGGCUAUGCACGCCAAGGCUACCCCGCCGCAGAUCCCGGACACCCGCCGGGAGCUCGCCGAGCUGGUGAAGAGGAAACAAGAGCUCGCCGAGACACUGGUGAACCUAGAAAGACAGAUCUAUGCUUUCGAAGGCAGCUACCUAGAAGACACGCAGAUGUACGGCAACAUCAUCAGAGGAUGGGACCGAUACCUCACCAACCAGAAGAACUCCAACAGUAAGACGGACAGAAGAAACAGGAAAUUCAAGGAGGCAGAGCGUUUAUUCAGCAAGUCGUCGGUCACGUCAGUCGCAGCGGUGUGCGCCCCCGGAGGGAUCCCGGACCACAUGAAUGAAAAGCGCGAGGCGGGCAGCGGCACGGAGAGCGACACCUCCCCGGACCUCCAGAACCAGGAGAACGAGCCGAGCCAGGACGACACGGAGGACGUGGACUCCUCGCUACAGGACCUGAAGCCCCAGAAGGCGGCGUCCUCCUCCUCCUCCUCCAGCCACCACGGGAGCCACAAAAAGAGGAAGAACAAGAACAGACACAGUCCUUCUGCCAUGUUUGAUUAUGACUUUGAAUUUGACAUGAAGGUCAACAAGAAACCUCGAGCCGAUUAUUCCACCUAACAGAGACACCUGGAAGACCUGAGAACACACACACACACACACACACACACACACACACACACACACACACACACACACACAGAUGAACUGAGUAAAGAAACACACUUUUUGGACUUUGUAUGCCUUUUUUUCCUGUGGUGAUAUUUCAGCCUGUACUGUUUGUAAUGCGUGAACAUUCCCCUCCACCUCCCUGUUUUUUUAUGAUGACGCGUCGUGUAAAGUAGCCGUCCUGCGCUGCAUGUUGCUCCUGGACAGAGGAGGCCGACCUCCAGUAACACCACAUCCUGUAUAGUGUAUUAAA